ACUAUAUCCACAGAAUGCCAACAGAAGCUUUCCACCACCUCAGUCGUGCUCAUUUUACAAUCGCAAUUAUAUGCCCGCUUCCCCUAGAGGCAGAAGUGGCGAUACCGCUGUUUGACACGGUCUACGAUAGAACUGUCUAUGAAAAAUACGGGCCUGUACGAAAUGACCCCAAUCACUAUACGCUGGGCCGCAUUGGCUGUUACAAUGUGGUUUUGGCCCACAUGGGUGGUUGUGGGAAAGCCGAAUCAUCCAGCGUGGCCAGUAAUAUCAAACAAAGCUAUCCAGGCAUCGAACUGGCCCUUCUAAUAGGGAUCUGUGGAGGAGUGCCUUACAGGACGGACGUGGGUCCAAUACAACGCAGGAGAGAUGUUUUCCUCGGCGAUGUGAUACUUAGCAGCGCGAUUAUUCAAUAUGAUUUGGGGAAAAGACUUCCGCACCGAUUUGUGCGCAAGAAUACGUUAGAGUCCAAUCUAGGGCGAGCGAGUCUGCAGAUCCGAUCUUUCAUGACCCGCUUAGAGUCGCGUCAUGGAGACCUCUCCAAAGACCAACAGGGGCACCUUCGGACUAUACAAGGUAGCAAGGAUGUGCCAUAUCCUGGUAUCAAAAGCGAUAUCCUAUUUAAAGCUGAAUACAAGCAUCGCGUACGCUGUCUGUGUAUGAGUGAUGCCAGCGGGGACCAAAGUGUCGUGGACCGCCGUCGUGUGGACUCUGAUGGGACUCCGUAUAUCCAUAUUGGCCGGCUUGCCUCUGGAGAUACUGUGAUGUGCUCUGCCAAGGAUCGAGACAAGAUUUCCAAGCGCGAGGAAGUUCUUGGUUUUGAGAUGGAAGGGGCUGGCGUAUGGGACAAUAUCCCUUGCAUCCUGAUCAAAGGAGUAAGCGACUACGCUGAUAGCCAUAAGAAUGAUACUUGGCAAUACUACGCAGCUGCGAGUGCAGCGGCUUGCAUGCGUGCUCUCCUGGAUCAGAAUCCCAUUCCGAAUGUGACAUCAUCAGCGGGCCUGGCCCAGGAUAUAAUUGCCUCCCAGUUGAAUCCGCGAAAAAGACCCGCAGAGACUUCUGAAGACUCCAGUAACGAACGGGAAAAGGCGUGCCUUGAUGUAUUAACUUUCCCCCAAGCCGAGUAUCGCCUGGACGAGAUUAUGGAUCCCCUCAAUACGACAUGCACUUGGGUAUUAGAACGACCAGAAUAUAAGACAUGGAUGAGUGGGGAGGAUUUAAAAAGUCACGGAGGAUUUUUCUGGAUCAAAGGGAAGCCCGGAGCCGGAAAGUCGACGCUCAUGAAACACCUUCUUUCAAAGGCAAAGCAAACUGGAAAAGACACAAUCAUCUCCUCUUUCUUUUUCCAUGCCCAAGGGGUGGACUUGGAGAGGUCCACUGUGGGUAUGUAUCGCUCACUCUUGCAUCAGCUUCUCUCGUCUACUGCCGUUCCAUCGAGUGCCAAACAGCCCUACUUUAGCUUCGCAGCGAAGAUGCUAAGUCAAGAUGACGGCAUAAAUUGGACAAUCCGAGACUUGAAACAUCAGCUGUUAUCACUCAUCCGAUUGCUGAACAACCGCUACGUGUUCUUCUUUAUUGAUGCUCUGGACGAAUGCGACCAAGCCGAGAUGGAGGACAUGAUACCGUUUCUCGAGCACUUGGGGCACUCUUUGAAUGCAUGCGAUGUUCAUCUGAGAAUCUGUCUGGCAAGCCGACACUAUCCACAACUCAACAUUGAACGUGGCAUUGAGUGGGUCUUGGAGUACCAGCAGGAGCAUCAAGGCGACAUGCGGAAGUACGUUGAGACGAAAUUGAAAGGGGGCAAGUCAAAAAUGCUCCAAGAGAUCAGAGAAGAAGUGUGCGCCCGAGCAUCCGGUGUAUUUCUCUGGGUUAUACUUGUAGUUCGAUCGCUAAAUGAUGCGUUCGCCAGGGGCAAAAUCCACGCCGUACGUCAACGGCUGGAUGAAAUCCCAGACGGGCUUGAUGAGCUUUUCACCGAUAUGCUGACCAGAGACACUGAGGAAAUUGAUGACCUUAUCUUUUGUCUUCGACUCAUCUUGUUUGCACAACGUCCAUUGUCCAAGGAUGAGUUCUACUUCGGGGUUAUGUUUACCAAAAACGGCUUGAUCAAAAGAGAAGGCGAAUGGCACAUCGAUCCGCACAUUGAGAACUUCAUCCUCAACGUCUCCAAAGGCCUCGUGGAAAUUACCCGCACCAAAGCUCGCAUAGUACAUUUCAUUCACGAGUCAGUGCGAGAUUUUCUACUACGACGAGACGGUUUUAGCAAACUCCAGGCUGGGUCGAGCGCGAACACAAUCGGGAACGCCCAUAACGAGCUUGUACAAGUCUGCUUCCGAUACAUCUGUCAAAUCAGGCUCAUUAAGGCAAAGGAGUUUCCAAGACACUGUGUAUGGCCACCCCUAGUAUGGCCACCCCAAGUCAAGAACGAGUAUCUGAAUGCAGAAACCCCAUUCCUCAAUUAUGCUAUCCAUAGCCUCCUGCCUCACAGCAAUGCGGCUGAGGCUGGAGGCACUUCGCAAGCUGCCUUCCUGCAAGCGUUUUCUUUGUCAUUCGAGGACUUCAAGCACAUCCGCAAUGCCCUUACAUUAUGUCACAUUCGCCAAUAUGGAUCCGACGUCACGGUUCUAUACGUUCUAGCAGAAUUGAACUUGGACCACCUCAUCCGCCUGGAACUUCUACGUACGCCACAGACGUGGAAGCAAAUGGGAAGGUAUCACAGCCCAAUGGGUGCGGCUGUCUACUUGGGUAACACACUUGCAAUCAGGGCCUUACUUGGUUACAAUACGAGUUCAGAUGCCUCUGUCGACAACUCCUUGCUUGAGGCUGGGGUUAUUGAUCGUAUGAAACAAUAUGUGGUCAACAGCAAGCGAAUCAAGAUGAAAAGAGGUUCUAUGGCUUUGUAUCUGGUGGAGUACGCUAUUAAACGUGGUCAUGUAGCCAUAUUAAAGCUCCUCUACCUCACUGGCAAAAUCGAUCUGAACCAUAAGCUCAACUGUCGUUCGCUACCGCUUAUCUGUGCGAUUAAGUGUUCCAAGGCAGAAAUCGUGGAAUUUUUGCUCAGCUGUGAUAGAGUCACUAUUGCCAGCCCCACAAACGCUUUGCAAGCUGCGAUCACUCGAGGUAAAAGGGAUGUUUGCAGUAUCCUACUUUCCCUCCCAUGCAGUCUUCGUUGGUUGGACUCCUACGGGGGAGUUGCCAUCCACUGGGCAGUAACUGGAAACAACGGGUCUACAAUGAGACAACUCCUUGAGCUUGGUUGCGACGUAACGCUACGCGAUGGAACUGGUCGAGAUGCUUUGUCACAUGCCGCCGAACAAGGCAAGAUUGAGAUGAUGAAAAUCCUAAUUGAGAGCGGGGUUGUCGAUAUAGAUGGGAAAGAUGGUCAGGGAAGGACGGCUUUCUCAUGGGCCGCAGCACCAAACAGUGGAAUGCUCAAACAUUCGCCUGACCCGAAAAAAUGUUGGGAUCAAUUGCAAAAGGAAGCCAUGUAUGUGCUACUCAGCACGGGAAGAGUUGAUGUGAACUCCAGAGACAAACAUCAAUGGACGCCCUUAUUAUGGGCCGUUCAGAGUAAUAAACCAGUGGCAGUGGACAUUCUUCUUGAGGCCUCAGAAACUGAGGUUGACUGUAGAAGUGUGACAGGAAAAACACCACUUACGGUAGCCGCAAUGUGUGGACAUGAAGCCAUGCUAUGUAAGCUCCUGCAGUCAGGUCGUGCGGAUGUCAAUUCUCAGGAUAUUUUCGGGAGAACACCCUUAUCUUGGGCUUUUUACCCAUCUGGCAUUUCUCCACGGCCUUCUGGACAAGGCCUUCCUCCAAAGUCCAGCAGAAAAUGGCAGUACUUGGUAGACGGAACAUCCCCGCAUCGUGCAGUUCCGUUGCUGCUGGAUUGCCCGAUAAUAGAUGCCAGCAUUCCAGAUUCCUUUGGCCAUCCAGCCUGGUGGUGGGCCCAGAUUUUCGGAAUUAGUUCUCCCGCAGUCUGUGAAUGGGUUGAAGAGGAAGACAAAAAGGUCAUGCAGUUGCUCAUAGAUCAUCUGUCGAAAAAGAACAUGUCCAAUAAUAACGCGGUUCUGCCACUGGAUAGGGAAACACUCAAGGGCGAAAUGCAGGUUGUUGCAGCGUCCUAUACACCAUGUGACUAUUGA